AUGACGAACACUUUCAUCAGUUACCUCUUCACACUGAAGUACGCUGGUUAUCGAAAGGCUUGUUUGAGAAGAUUCUUUGGACUUUUUGAGACUAUUUUAGAAUUUUUGGAUACUAAAGAUAAAAUUUUAAAAGACAAUUUCAUAAAAUGGAAAACAGACAUUGCCUAUUUAACAGGUUUGUUUACAAAAUUUAAUAUGGUUAACUUGCAGUUACAAGGCGACAAUCUAAAUUUGGUUAAAACAAAAUCUAUCUUAACAGCCAGAGUUAAACUAAUGAAUCAAAAUAUUGGACGGGGCGACCUUUCCCAAUUCCCCAGUUUGUCACAAAUAAACUGUCCGGAAGACGAAUCAACCUACUUUCAACAUUUAAAUGCCCUCUAUUCAGAUUUCGAAACUAGGUUUGAGGAUGUUUUGAUUAUGGUAAUACCAUCGUGGAUAAUUAACCCAUAUGGUUGGAUAGAAGAAACAAAUGCCAUAAUAAAAAAGGAACUGAUUGCACUAAGUACAAACGAAGAACGUAAGGUUCAGUUUAAAAACGGAUUUCAGCAAUUCUGGAUGCAAAACAUCAUACCCUUUACUUAUCCUGUAUUAUGGAAUAUAGCGAGGAAAUUUUUGAUUUCCUUUCUAUCCUUAUACCUAGUGGAAAGAGGAUUCAGUGUUGUUACGGAUCUCCUAACGAAAAAAAGAAACAGACUGGACAUCAUUAGCCGAGGAGAUUUAAGAUUAAACCUUAUGAAGUUGGCGCCAAAUGUUGAUAAUUCAUUAUUAAAGGAUCAGGUUCAUCGUUCUCACAAAAAAAAUUUACUUAUUGCUUAG